AUGUUCACGCAUCAUAGUCGGGAGCCAGCCGAACGUGCUCCUUCUGUCCACCAGGCCCGACCAGAUUUUCUCGUGUGGGAGUUUACAGACUACCUGCUGCACAUCACAGGCCCUUGGCACAGCACCUCAUACCCCACGAGGACUGGUUGGGUGAAAUCACUUCUGGGGUCCUUCUCUUUUGUCCUGUGUGUUCAAGGUCCUGUCCACUGGCCUGACCUCUUCCCCAUCGCCGACGGGGACCAGCAGUCCCCCAUUGAGAUUAAGACCAAGGAAGCCAAGUUCGACUCUUCCCUCCGACCCCUUCACAUCAAGUAUGACGCGAGCUCAGCGAAAAUCAUCAGCAACAGUGGCCACUCCUUCAACGUUGACUUCGAUGACACAGAGGACAAAUCAGUUCUGCGAGGGGGUCCCCUCACCGGGAGAUACCGGCUGCGGCAGUUUCACCUGCACUGGGGCUCCGCUGACGACCACGGCUCCGAGCACGUGGUGGAUGGAGUGAGGUACGCGGCCGAGCUCCAUGUCGUGCACUGGAACUCGGACAAGUACCCCAGCUUCGUGGAGGCGGCUCACGCGCCCGACGGACUAGCUGUCCUGGGAGUGUUUCUACAGAUCGGAGAAUUCAAUCCCCAACUGCAAAAGAUUACUGACAUCCUGGACUCCAUAAAAGAAAAGGGCAAACAAACUCGGUUCACGAACUUUGACCCCUUGUCUCUGCUUCCUGCGUCCUGGGAUUACUGGACGUACCCUGGGUCACUCACGGUCCCGCCUCUUCUCGAGAGCGUCACGUGGAUCAUCCUAAAGCAGCCCAUCAGCGUCAGCUCUCAGCAGCUGGCCGCCUUUCGCACCCUCCUGUGCACCUCAGAGGGCGAGCCGGCUGCCUUCCUGCUGAGCAAUCACCGUCCCCCGCAGCCUCUGAAGGGCCGACAGGUGAGGGCCUCGUUCCACUGACAGCCCCGGCCUGUGGACCACCCCACAUGUGUCUGCAGAGAGAAACGAGACCAAACAGGACACAGAACUCCUACCUGUGGUUCUCCCCUGGAGAGGGACCACAUCCUGUCAGCCCAGCAGCACCAAGGACCCCCAAUCCUUGCAAUCAAACGGACUCAACUCCUGGCCUCAGACUUGCACUCCUGGGUCUCAGAGCAGGAAACACUGUGUCCUGCGUGUUAAAACCCAUGAGGUGCGUCCACUUCCACCUCCGGGAAAACGUGGCCGGCAUUGCAAACCUCAGCACGUGAUAAACAUUGUCCCUUGCUGUGGAGACUGAACCCAUCAGGUCUCUCCAGGAUGUUGAGUGAAAAACUUAAAUUCAUUUCCAGAACAGUAGAACUGGGAUACCAUAUUUUUCUAAACCAGUGAUUCUGCCUAACAUCUUGAUAUCUCUCCAGUUCAUAAAGAGUUGGGCACGUUUCCAAUUUUAUUUUAUUUAAAAAAUUUUUUUGUUGU